UCGAACAGUCGGAGGCGAUCCGCGGUGGGGUUCGGUUGAGGAGUGGCGAGUGGCUGGUGAACAGGGGCAGAGUAGAGGCAAGAGAAGCUGAAGGGAGGGGGAGGGAAGGGGCUGACAGGAGCUAAGGGCCGGCCUCUGGGCGCCCGCUGUCAUCACGUUAACAGCCCGUCUGCAGUAUUGUUUUCAUUUCAGGUUACCCCAUUAUAGGAAAGAUGUGGAGGCAGAAGAGGUUUAUGAAGAUUCUGCCUGGAUUAGAGAGCAUGUGCUAUAAGGAGCAGUUGAACAAACUUCGGUUGUUUUCUCUGGAAUGGUGGAGGCUGAGGGGAGAUCUGGUGGAGCAUUCAGGCUUGGAGAUGCCAGAAAUGGCCGGGAGUGAAAAUGAAACGAUUUCACAACUUCAAGUUAGGAACUACGAAGACUUUGAAGGUUCAAUCGGCGAUCAUCUUGAAUGUUACAAUGAAAAUGAAGAUUUGGAGGAUGCGUUGUAUGAAGGUUGUAAAGAAACAAACCAUGAAUGUGGGUACUGCUCACAGCGAAGUGAAUCCAAAUACCCGAGUUAUGAACAGCCGUGGGAUUUGGCUGUCUUAUAUCUUGGGAAUUGGAUUACUUCAUAUCAUUCUCUUGAGCAUCCCAUUCUUCAGUGUGCCAGUAGUAUGGACUCUCACCAAUAUUAUUCAUAAUACGGGAAUGUAUAUAUUUCUGCACACCGUAAAGGGAACGCCAUUUGAAACUCCAGACCAAGGAAAAGCACGGCUGUUAACCCACUGGGAGCAGAUGGAUUACGGAGUGCAGUUUACAGCCUCGCGCAAAUUCCUUACUAUCACACCCAUUAUCUUGUAUUUUCUUACCAGUUUUUACACAAAGUACGACAAAUUACAUUUUGUUAUAAAUACGAUUUCGUUGAUGAGCGUCCUCAUCCCAAAACUCCCUCAACUUCAUGGAGUCAGAAUCUUUGGCAUCAACAAGUACUAAAAACAGCAAUGUCGGCAAGUAAGAAAGAAAAAGCUAUUGGGCCAACCAGCAGCAGAAAGGACACAUCACGAUGUUUAGAUGUUUAUAUUCUACAUCCUUCAAACUCUUAGCAUGGAUAUUUUAUUAUGAUUGGUAUAUUUGUGAGUGAAGCAGCUCAUUUUGCUUGCUGAGCUAUCACAUUAAAUAUUUGCAGUGCUUGGAACAGGAAGCCUGCUUUUUUUAUUACUGCCUGUAGAUCCCAUUUUCUCAAAUAUUUUUGAUUCUUUGGUUGCCAUAUUAAGUUACGGAGAUUUUGAUAUAGUAGACAUUUAGUUGAUGUGGGGUGUGAUUUUUACUGUCCAUUGACCAAACAGUUAUCAAAGUAUAACUUGUAAAUAUUGUAAUGGAAGUAGACCUAUGAAGGUACACAGUUUGAAUGAUAUUUUAGAAAAUGUGUUUUCAUUGUCAUAAUGGAGGCAACAGGUGAAAAAUGUAAUAUCAAAGUAUUUGGUGCUCAUGCUCCAACACGGCAGAAUUAGGGGCCUUUACUUUGUUGGGGUACUUGUAAACAUGGUCUAUAUGGCAUAGGUGCCCCUCAAGAAACAGUGCUGGUCUUACUGUGCAUUUUAAUUGCUUUUUUUUUGCAGAUUAUUUAUUUUCUUUGAUCUCAUAUGUUCAGUGUUGUACGCGAAAAUUACUAGGGAGAAUGUAAAACACUAGUAAGGGUGUGUUUUGAAGCACAGCUCAUGAAUAUUUGAUUUAAGAAGGUGGCUUCUGGAUACAUUUUCUAAAAUAUAUAAAAGUGUUAUGUAAUACAGAGCCCAUAUGUUAACUGAGGACAAGUGGGGCUGGAUGAUUAAACUUAUCUACCCAAGAUAUAGAGAAUCUCAAAGUGAUUUAUUUUUUUAAACAUACAUAAAUCAGGAUGUUAAUUGUUGGAAUACUGUAAAACUUUAGCAAUCAUGCAACUUUCCUGUAAAUUUGCCUUUUUAAAAAAAAAAAAAUCUGUACCUAUUCUGUCAGAGUAUAUUGUAAUUUGACUGAUUGAAAAAUGCGGUACAAUUCUCAUUGAUUCUCUUUAUUACGAGAUGAUAGUGAUGUACCUGACUUUUGUAUUCUUAUAAAGUACCUGCUGCAAACUUGAAGUACAGGCUAGUACAUUCAGCUCGUCCUCCUUGAAGUCUGUUAGGACUACAAAAAAUAAUAGCACUGUGAAUCGUGAUUUUUAAGCAAUAACAUAGGGGAAAAAAUACCACAACAAAGGAUCAAAGAUAAGUCUGGACAGUGAAGCCUUGUGUGGUAUAGUAUAUAGCUUGCUGGACCUGUCUUUAGUGAUGGUAAUUUGAAGCCAGCACAUCCUAAGAGCCAUUUUUCUAUCGAAUCAUUUUAAAAAGUCCUGAAAUUCUGGAAUUGUUCAAUUUGAUGCAAUUUGACAAAAAUCUAUAAGCCAUUAAAUUCACUGAUUGAGGAAAUGUUCUCACAAUUGAACAUAACCUGAUUACAAUGCUGUUACAGACAAGAGGUUACAACAUUUUUCUUUAGAAGAUGUGGAUUUUUUGCUUUCCUUACUGGUGUCAAAGACAAAAAUGCUAUCAUCCAUUCAACCAACUGAUUCAUUUCAAAAAAAAAAGAUUAGCAGCUACCAACAUGUGGGUAUGAAGCAGAAAAUGCAUCCUUUUCAGUUAGAUCUCUGUAACUCAGAUGGUGGUACAGAGCCCAGUCUCUUCAUCUAUAAAUUAUUGAAGAUAAAAAUCAACCUGUUGCUGCACUCUGUGAAGCAAUCUCUUCUGAGGAUAUGUUUGUAUGAAAGCUGGGCAGGACAAGCACUGAACUCUAAUAAUUCUUUACCCCACCCCCCCACACCACCAAGGAAAUUGCUAUGAAUGUGGGAAUAACAUGAAACCAAACCAACAACUGAUGGAUAUACGUAUAGUCACAUGGGAGUCACAGCCACCUGAAUAGUAAUUUGUGUAUGGUACAGGACACCCAUGAAAAGUUUGGGCAUUUAAGCCAGCCUGAGAAAGGAAAAAUUGGUGCACAGGGGGAAAAUAGAGAACCAGUAAACCAGUUCCUGUUCCCACCUUUGAUUUUCCGCUGGCUAUGAAUGUGAAUGAUUACUACUUUUAAGUUGGACUUUCAAAGUCUUUAAGAGUACUAAUCUUUGGAUAAAAUCUGCCAUACCUUUUGAUUUUAAAAAUUAUGCUUGCAUUGGAGGGAGGGUUUUUUUUUCCCGGUUAGGAGCCAGCAUGUCUACCAGUAUAAUCAAAUGAGAUUAUACAGGUAGACAUGUUUGGGGGGAAAAAACUUUUUCAAAAAGCGGGUAGACAUAAAAUAUUUUUUUACAUUUUCUGAUUUAAUUAUAAACCUAUUUCUUGCACUUGUUUUUUUUUCAUAGAAGAAAAGUUAAAGUUGCUCCAUUAAAAUAUUUACAAGCUGACACCAGUCUGUUCCAUUCUAAAGGAAAGCAAAAAGAGAACAUUUGGACCUCAGGCUUUCAUUGAAAAUAAGAUCCAAAACUGGAUGACUUUCUUUUUUAAAAAAAAUGCAUUUUAAUUUAAAAAUCUGAAAUAAUAUAGGAAUUAAACCUUAACAUCUGUAGCAGUUAAGCAUGCCAUUGCAGAGUUCCUGCAUAAGCAAGGAUCAUGUACACAAUCAGCUGCAUUUUGACUAUCAAUUACUGAAGGUUACUUAUUGAAUUGCAUUCACAAGCUACCAUGAAGCUAUUGGAAAAUUUAGCUUUGUGUCACAUUAUGUAAAUGCUAAUAAGGUGGUAGUGAAAAUGUUAAAUUUAUGUAUUCAGGGUUUGUUAACAUUUUAAAAUAUUACUUUACUAUACUAUUUUGAUUCCUUGUACGAAAUAGUUAAAGCCUUGAAUUUAUAGAUUUUGAAUACUGGUAAAUAUGCUAAGGAAGGUUGUUUUAUUAUGGGUUCUGUAUUGUCAAAGUAUGAAAACUGGUAAAGUACAGUAUUUUUAAGUUUGGAUCGUCUUUCUACUUCCAAUAUGUAUCUUGUCAAAUAGUAGCAGGUAAUUGGGUGGUAUGAGCAAUAACAGUGCCAGUCCAAAGACAGCAAACAUGGGCAAGUUCAGGAUAACCCAGGGUCAAACUACUGCACUAUUUUUAUAGUGGCUAUCAGAGGUACAGAUUCCAAAUUUACUUUGGUGAAAUCUAAAUAAAUUGUGUGCCAGAGUGGGGAUGUUUGGAAUUUUAUACCAGAUGUGUUUAUGAACUAUUGAAUUAUUUGCAUUGGGGACUAGUGUUUGAACAUUGUCAUGUAUUGUAAAUAAGGGUUAAUUGAGCAUCUGGUGGCAAAAGGGUCUUGUAAGCCAACUGCCCUUCUCUGCAGAUGAUUUUCAUCUAUCAUCUAGAUCUUUAUAAGAAAGUGUGAAUAAUAUUUUUGAUUCCUUUGUACAGUAUUCUGAUAUUUAAUAA